AUACCUCUUCCUUCACAUUCAUUCAUUCCUUCAUUCGCUCGUUCAUUCACUCACUCACUCAACAAAGUCACUCCUUCGAAGAACAAAUCCAUCAUCAUGCACGCCUCCACCCUCCUCCUCGCCAUCCUGCCCUCGCUGGCGACCGCCCACAUGGCUAUGUGGCACCCGUCAGUCCUCGACUUCAACGGCGACGGGUACACUGCGGUGACCCCUCUGUCAGGAAAGUCGUUCUCGCAAUGGUGGUUUCACGGGAUGGCCAGCGCCUCCAUGCCCAGCGAGGUUUUUUCCCUCCCGGUCGGCAAGUCCGUUACCGUCGAGGCCUCGUGCAACAAGGACUUCACCUCGUGGGGCUCGCAGGGCGACGGCCAGAACGCCUGUCCCGACGACACCCCCUCGCUCCAUGCCGGCACGCCGGUCGAGGCCGGACAGCUCCUGGGAUGCGGCCUCGCUAUCGCCUACAAGUCCAAGUUCACGGACGUCAAACCUGAGGACUUCGCGGUCUUCUCGGUAAACCAUCAGUGCGUCAAGCAGCUAAAGACUACUUUCGACGUCCCGAAGGUCAUGCCCAAGUGUCCCGAUGGAGGGUGCAUCUGCGCUUGGUUCUGGCAGGGACAGUCGAGUGCCGAUGAGAUGUACAUGACCGGCUUCCGCUGCAACAUUUCCGGCGGCUCGAGCACUGCGUCCAUCUCCUCUCCGAAGGCGCCCAAGUACUGCCCGAGCGGCGGCUGCGUCUCCGGUCCCAAGCAGCCCAUGUACUGGGCCAACGACAACUCGAACAUCGCCUAUUCCGGCGACUACUACCAGAAGCCGUCGUACAACGCCAAGUGGGGCUUCGCCAACGGCGCGCAGAACGACAUCGUCAGCGUUGGAAAGGGCAGUCCAACGGCUUCCACAACCCUCGCCACCGUCACCCGCAAGCCGAGCGUUACCAACACUAGCAAGUUUGCGAUCCCCACGAAGGUCGUCGAUAAUUGCACCUGGAAGGACCACUGUGCCGGUGCUACUUGCGUAUGUUGAUCCGAACUCCCCCGAGAUGGGUACUGGUUCCCGUACUAACAGUCAGCAGAAAACCUACAACGACUGCAGCGACGACCUCGACUGCAAGAGUGGCGUCUGUGCCAAGUGAUU